ACUGGAGUAUCAGAGAAUUGACGCAGCAUCACGGCUGCCUGUGCAAUGCUUAUGUGUAGUUAUCAAUACGAAGCCUUUUUCUACGGCGGCAACCUUUCUCUGCGGCGGUGGAUGAACGAUGAAAGGAGAGGGAGAGGGAGAGGGAUACAAUUUGAUAGUACAAUAAUUCUGAAUCAAAUAUUGCAUCUUUUCUCUGGGUUACUAUGUAAUCACAAUAAGUUUGAGAGGGGGAUGAAAUGAAUUAUAUUCUUUCAUCUAAAUCCAAUCAAUAAGAGCAAUUGCUCUCUGGCGCACUUGAGCUCACUCGCAUCCAAUUUCCCGCAAUAUGUCUGGCAAUAAGUGUAACGGAAACUCACAAGUGCUCAGCACCCGAAUUGGAAGGCUCUUGAGAGCGAGAGAGCUGAAAAAGAACAACAGGAAUGAUGGCAGCUCCAUUCCUGAGAUAGAUGUAUCAAGGAAUUCCCAUGUCAAUGUGGACCAGUAUCCAGAAACUACUGCACAGAAUUUUAUCGAUGGGUGGGAAAGGCCCGAUGGGAAACCGACCAAACAGAGGUUGCUAGUGGUUGCCAAUAGGCUGCCUGUAUCUGCAGUCAGGCGGGGCGAGGAUUCGUGGUCGUUGGAGAUAAGUGCAGGCGGUCUAGUUAGUGCUCUUUUGGGGGUGAAGGAGUUCGAGGCAAGAUGGAUUGGUUGGGCGGGUGUGAAUGUGCCAGAUGAGGUCGGGAAGAAGGCGCUCACUGCCGCUCUUGCUGAGAAGAAGUGUAUUCCUGUCUUCCUCGAUGAGGAGAUUGUUCAUCAGUAUUACAAUGGCUACUGCAACAAUAUACUGUGGCCUCUGUUCCAUUAUCUCGGACUCCCACAAGAGGACCGUCUUGCAACCACGAGGAGUUUCCAGUCGCAGUUUGAAGCGUAUCAGAAGGCAAACCAGAUGUUUGCUGAUGUUGUGAACAAUCAUUAUGAGGAGGGUGAUGUUGUUUGGUGUCACGACUACCACCUCAUGUUUCUACCAAAAUAUCUCAAGGAGUAUAACAGCAAGAUGAAAGUUGGAUGGUUUCUUCACACCCCGUUUCCAUCAUCUGAAAUCCACCGUACUUUGCCAUCCCGGUCUGAACUUCUACGUGCAGUUCUGAUGGCUGAUUUAGUGGGAUUCCAUACAUAUGAUUAUGCAAGACAUUUUGUGAGUGCUUGCACUCGUAUUCUUGGACUUGAAGGUACUCCUGAAGGUGUAGAGGAUCAAGGUAGACUCACUCGUGUUGCUGCGUUUCCAAUAGGGAUUGAUUCGGAAAGGUUCAUGCGGGCUCUAGAAAUGCCUGGAGUCCAGGAGAAUAUUAAAGAACUGAAAGAGAGAUUUUCUGGAAGAAAGGUAAUGCUGGGUGUGGACCGUCUCGAUAUGAUAAAAGGAAUACCUCAAAAGAUAUUAGCUUUUGAGAAAUUUCUGGAGGAAAACCCAGACUGGUGUGAUAAAGUGGUAUUGCUUCAAAUUGCUGUGCCAACAAGAACUGAUGUUCCUGAAUAUCAAAAACUUACGAGCCAAGUCCAUGAAAUUGUUGGACGAAUCAACGGAAAAUUUGGAACUCUGACUGCUGUUCCUAUUCAUCAUCUGGAUCGUUCUCUUGACUUUCCUGCACUGUGUGCAUUGUAUGCUGUCACUGAUGUAGCACUUGUCACUUCUUUGCGGGAUGGAAUGAAUCUCGUCAGCUAUGAGUUUGUGGCAUGUCAAGAUUCCAAGCGGGGGGUUCUCAUCCUCAGCGAAUUUGCUGGAGCAGCACAGUCCCUUGGUGCUGGCGCAAUUCUCGUGAAUCCGUGGAACAUUACGGAAGUCGCUGCAGCAAUAGACCAGGCUUUGAAUAUGCCUGCUGAAGAAAGAGAGAAACGCCAUAGGCAUAACUUUGAGCAUGUCACAACUCAUACUGCUCAGCAGUGGGCUGAAUUCUUCGUAAGUGAACUCAAUGAUACUGUUAUUGAAGCUCAGCAGAGAAUAAGAAAAGUUCCGCCCCCUCUUGAAUUCAAUGAUGCCAUCGGCCGUUACUUGCAGUCUAACAAACGAUUACUCAUACUGGGUUUCAAUGCUACACUUACGGAGCUAGUGGACACGCCAGGGAGAAGGGGAGAUCAGAUCAAAGAAAUGGAAUUAAAACUGCAUCCUGAGUUGAGGAAGCCUCUGGCAUCACUUUGCGAGGAUCCAAACACUAUAGUCGUGGUGCUUAGUGGAAGCGAAAGAUCCGUCCUUGACGAGAACUUCGGGGAUUUCAAAAUGUGGUUGGCAGCUGAAAAUGGGAUGUUCCUGCGAUCAACAGAGAAGGGAAAGGAGCAAUGGAUGACGACGAUGCCAGAGCACUUGAAUAUGGAUUGGGUUGACAGUGUGAAGCAUGUGCUCGAGUACUUCACUGAACGAACACCGAGAUCACAUUUUGAACGCCGCGAGACUUUGCUCGUAUGGAACUAUAAGUAUUCAGAUUCUGAGUUCGGAAGGCUGCAAGCCAGAGACAUGCUGCAGCAUCUGUGGACGGGUCCGAUCUCCAACUCGUCGGUGGACGUGGUCCAAGGCAGCCGCACGGUGGAGGUGCGAGCAGUUGGUGUGACAAAGGGAGCAGCCAUUGACCGUAUACUGGGAGAGAUCGUACACAGUAAAGCCAUCUCUACUCCGAUAGACUUCGUCAUGUGCGUCGGCCAUUUCUUCGGAAAGGAUGAGGAUGUGUACACAUUUUUCGAGCCGGAACUUCCACCCGAUAACUUGGCUUUUUCGAGAUGCAAGGUGAGCGAGGCGGCCAAGAGGCAAACUCCGCCAGCGAGGCCUCACCCCAACGCCGACAAGAAAUCGGCGAGCAGCAGACGGGCGUCGCAAGAAAACACUUGUUUGAAUGUGCUUGAUCUAAAAAAGGACAACUACUUCUCGGUGGCGGUGGGGCGGACGCGAACGAACGCACGCUAUGUUCUCAACAACUCCGACGACGUCGUAUCGUUCCUCAAGGAGUUGGCGGAGGCAGCAGCCACACCCACACCCACACCCACAUACUCUUCACAUUGAUUCAACAACGAUUAUAAGCUGGGUGUGUGUUUCUAUUCAAGUACUUUCAAUAACACAACAUUGUUUCAAUAGUAGUUUAAUUGCGGUUUAUAUGGAAAAAGGAAAAAUAUAUUUCUUCA